AUGGGUCAGAUGGAACCAUCGACAAACUCCGACUCGACCUCAACGGCAGUGAAACUCAAGCAACAAAUAUCGCUAUUCAAUGGAUGUACGAUCAUUGUUGGGGGUGUACUUCAAGAAGGUGGAAGCGUCGGAGUAUCCCUGGUUGUGUGGGUGCUAUCCGGGAUAUUCUCGAUGUUGGGAGCGUUGUGCUAUGCCGAACUUGGCACUACCAUACCAAAAAGUGGUGGAGACUAUGCCUACAUUUUCGAGGCUUUUGGCCCAAUGCCAGCAUUUCUGUUCCUCUGGAUGGCACUAAUUAUCAUCAAUCCAACGUCAAAUGCCAUCAUUGCUCUCACUUUUGCCAACUACGCGCUGAAGCCGUUCUUCCCCAAUUGCGCAGUGCCUCCACUUGCUGUGGAUUUGCUGGCCGCGUCUACAAUAGGUAAUACUGAAUACUUUCAAAUGCCUGACGUGCUCAGUGGAAGCCAAACUAAAGUUUCCUCACUGACUUUGGCUUUCUACUCGGGCGUUUUUUCGUUCUCCGGUUAUAGCUAUUUGAAUUUCGUCACAGAAGAGCUCAAGGAGCCCUACAGAAAUUUACCUCGAGCAAUCUACAUAUCAUUGCCAGUGGUAACCCUGAUAUAUAUACUUGUAAAUAUGGCGUACUUUGCUGUACUUUCCGUUGAUGAGAUCCUCGAAUCGGAUGCGGUUGCGGUAACGUUCGCUGGGAAGGUAAUGGGACCGUUUGCUCCUCUGAUGCCAUUUUUUGUCGCCUGCUCAUGCUUUGGAAGUCUGAACGGCAUUCUGUUCACUUCGUCACGAAUGUUUUUUGCUGGUGCACGGUGA